UGCUUAUGGGUGCCAUCCAAGGAUUAUUUCUCGCUCAAUUUGAAGUAUUAAGAGCAAGAGGACAUAGUCCUUCCGAAGCAUUCAAUGAAACUGUAGAAGAGGCAACUCAAUCUCUGUACCCAUUAAUUGGGCAAAAUGGAAUGGAUUGGAUGUAUUCUAACUGUUCGACAACAGCACAACGGGGUGCUCUCGAUUGGUAUAAACCAUUUCGUGAUGCAGCUAAACCUGUUUUUGAAAAGCUUGAAAGUGAAAUGUGGAUGGCAGGUAAAGAAGUACGAAAACUUCGCCCCGAGAGAAACAAGUAG